UGUAGUUGUACAGUCACUAGAGAGAAUUCUAAGGAACAUGUUAUUCGGGCAUUUGGAUGGGCAAGGGCUGAUUAGGAAUAAUCAGUAUGGUUUUGUACGUGGGAGGUCAUGUCUCACACAUUUGAUUGAGUUUUUUGAAGACUUGACCAAGAAAGGCGAUGUGGAUGUUGUAUACAUGGAUUUCAGUAAGGCAUUCGACAAUGUCCAGCAUGGGAUUCCACUCUGGAAGGCUAGGUCGCAUGGGAUCCAAGGAGACAUAGCUGAACAGAUAGCAAUUUGGCUUCAUGGAAGGGUGAUGGUGGAAGGUUGCUUCUCUGAUUGAAGGCCUGAGACUAGUGGUGUGCCUCAGGGUCCGGUGCUGGGCCCGUUACUGUUUGUCAUCUGCAUCAAUGGUUUGGAUGAGAACAUACAGGGCAAGAUUUGCAAGUUUGCUGAUGAUACAGAAGUGGGUGGUUUUGCAGAGAGUGAAGAAGGUUUUGAAUGAUUGCAACAGGAUCUGGAUCGAUUGACCAGGUGGGCUGAGGAAUGGUUGAGGGAAUUGCAGAGUUGCAUUUCGGGACGUCUAACAAGGGCAGUAUCUACAGUGAAUGGUCGGCUUCUGGGGAGUGUUGUAGAGCAGAGAUCCAGGAGUGCAGGUACGUGGUUCCUUGAAGGCCGAGUCGCAGGUAGGUAAGGUGGUCAAAACGGCUUUUGACACAUUGGCUUUCAUCAGUCAGAGUAUUGAAUAUAGUCGUUGGGAGGUCAUGUUGCAGUUGUAUAAGACGUUGGUGAGACAGCAUUUAGAAUAUUGUGUUCACUUCUGGGCACCAUGUUAUAGGAAAUAUAUUGUCAAGCUUGAAAGGGUUAAGAAAAGAUUUACGAGGAUGUUGCCAGGGCUGGAGGGUGUGAGCUAUAGGGAGAGGUUGAGUAGGCUGGGUCUCUAUUCCUUGGUGCGCAGGAGGAUGAGGGGUGAUCUGAUAGAGGUUUAUAAAAUAAUGUGAGGAAAAGAUCGGGUAGAUGCUAAGAAUCUCUUGCCCAGUGUAGGGGAAUCGAGGACCAGAGAUAUAGGUUCAAUGUGAAGGGGAAACGAUUUAAUAGGAAUCUGAGGGGUAACCUUUUCACACCAAGGGUGGUGGGUGUAUGGAACCAGCUGCCAGAGGAGGUAGUUUAGGUUGGGACUAUCCCACCGUUUAAGAAAGAUUUAGACAGGUACAUGAAUAUGACAGGUUUGGAGGGAUGUGGACCAAGCGCAGGCAGGAGGGACUAGUGUAGCUGAGACAUGUUGGCCAUUGUGAGCAAGUUGGGCCGAAGGGUCUAUUUCCACACUGUAUCACUCGAUGACUCUCUGACUCUAUGUAAACAGACUUGAUAUCCGUACAACUUUGCACUAAAUAUGGAAUGUUGAGAAAACAGUGAGGGCUUUUGUGCUUUAUAAACAUAAGUUUUCAUCCGACAGGGAAAAACAUCACAGUGAACCUUUACGAAGGAGGUAGCCAUCCUGGACUUCUUAGCUUAUUUAUUGUAGGAAAAGCAAAUAAGUUAUAUCGUCCAAAUUUGCGCAAUAAGUAAAGUUCAGCUGAAUUUUAACCGAAUCGGGUGGGUAGACACAAUACUGACAGGCAAAGCCGAAACAGUUACUCAUAUGGCAACACCUUGGAGCGAUGCUAGGGAGAGCAAAACGAGAACGGCGGGGAGAAGAAUAUCUGGCCAAAACACCGAAGAAGAUGGAAGAAACUGUAAAUGAAUGCUGGGGAAUUUUAAAAAAAGAAAAGAAAAAUAGAAUUAAGUUUUAGCAAGAAAUAAACAGGUUCAUAAUGCAAAAUAUAUAAGAAUUUUAAAAAUAGCGGCGCUUUGUGUCUGAAAGUUAAGAGUGUUCACAAUGAGAUGCAUUAAAUAAGCAAACAAGUAGAUGUAAAUAGCUGUGAUAUUGCAGCGAUUAAAGAGGCAUGGUUAAUAAGUGACAACGGGUGACAAAUGAUCAUUAAGGGAUAUCCAAUAACAAGGUAGGCAAAAUAUGAAAAAAAGAGAUAAAGUAACAUUGUUAGUGAAAUAACAAGUUAGUGCAACAGUUAAGGGUUAUGCUAGUCAGAGAAUCUCGAAAUUGAUUCGGCAUUGGUAUUUUCAAUGGCCAUGAAACGAAAUGUUUAACAUUGUGAUUUAACUUAAAGUGCAAUGCCAUUGAUGUGGUAACUCGAAAAACGGUAAUAUUUUGAAUGAACUUAUCAUUGCUUGCGGCCGAAUAGUUGCAAACGGUAAAACAUAUUCAGGUAAACAACAAUGUAUAACAGCGUUACAUCCAGCACUCGGAAGAAUUUUAAUUGCGCGCCAUUAAACGCAGUGAUGUGAAUGCAGUACAGCUUUAAGAAAUGGCUGGUGCAAUAAUGGGUAAGGACUCUUUGUGUCGCUGUCUACCAAUAAGACACUCAGGCGUAGAGAGAGAUCUACCUCCCCCUCCCCCAGCAUUGCUGAACUCGGAAGAGAAGCGAGGAGAAGGCAAAAGCUGUCGGGUGAUAUCGCCGCGCUAGGCUGCAAAGAAAAUCUCGGUGCGAGUUUUAUUGAAUCUAAAUGUUAUAUCCAGAUUUUUGUGACCAGUAUUUUGUACUUAUUUCUACUAAGAUCCAGAUUUCAGCGAACGGCUCGUGAAAAUUCUGGGAUAAUUUAUUUAAUCUAACGCAGAACAAUGGCGACAGAACUCCGCCACGGAUUGUCGUUUCUUCAUCUUGUGUGCAUCUUGCAUCUUGUUUGCGGACAAAUUCGGUACUCCAUUCCCGAGGAGCUGGAGCUCGGUGCCGUCGUUGGGAAUAUCGCUGAGGAUUUAGGCCUAAGCAUUCGAGAAAUGACCGCACGAAAUUUCAGACUAGUCUCCGAUGACCCGAUUCAGUUAUUGAAGGUAAACACACAUAACGGCAUAUUGGGUGUGAACGAGCGAAUCGACAGGGAUACUCUUUGCAGCGAAAGUUGGACUUGUUCUGUUUCUUAUGAUGCAUCUUUAGAAAAUCCAUUGGAGGUACAUCGCGUUAACGUGGAGAUAUUGGACAUAAAUGAUAACGCGCCGAGAUUCACGGAGGAUAAGUACCAUUUAUAUAUCUCUGAAAUAACCUCAAUAGGCACUCUCUUUGCUCUUGAGCGAGCGUACGAUGCAGAUAUGGGAACAAAUGCAGUCGCCUCAUACAAAAUCAGCUCAAACAAGCACUUCGGUCUGAAGCAACAGAAAGCAGACGAUAAAAUUACAGAGUUGUUGCUAGAAAAACCCUUAGACCGUGAGAAGCAGUCGACGUUGCAUUUAAUAUUGACGGCCAUUGACGGUGGAAUUCCUCCGAGAUCUGGCACAGCGGAAAUUGUAAUCACAGUCCUGGAUGCCAAUGAUAAUGCGCCAGUAUUUGACCAUCACAUAUAUAGGGCUAAUGUUGUAGAGAAUGCGAAUUCAGGUACCAUGGUAAGCACGGUACAUGCCGCCGAUUUGGACGAAGGCGCGAAUGGUGAAGUAAAAUACUCAUUCAGUAACCAUGUUUCUCAAAAUAUCCGAGAGUUGUUCACUUUAGACUCCAAAACUGGACAGAUUUGUGUGAAGGGUCCACUGGACUAUGAAGGAAAAAAUAUUUACCAGUUUGAGGUGCAGGCAUUUGACAAAGGGGUACCGCCAUUAGGUAGACGCGCCACAAUUAUUAUUGGAUUAACUGACAUUAAUGAUAACGCUCCGGAAAUAAGGCUGACCUCGGUAUCCAACAACGUUCGUGAAGAUGAUGCCAUCGGGACUGUAGUCGCUAUAAUAAAUGUUAUGGAUCGUGAUUCUGGCGAGAAUGGGCAGGUACAUUGUCAAAUUCCUACCGAUAUCCCGUUUAAACUUCAGAAGUCUUUGAACAACCAGUUUAAGUUGAUCAUUGACGGUGCACUGGACCGAGAAAGUACUCCGUUGUAUAAUAUUUCUAUAGCGGCAUGGGACGCAGGGCUACCAUCUCUUUCCACAAACAAAACAUUGCUAAUUUCAGUAUCAGAUAUAAAUGAUAAUAUGCCGAAGUUUACACAAUCGCCGUACAGUGUGUUUCUGAUGGAGAACAACACACCAGGCGGAUCUAUAUUUACUGUUACAGCUUUGGAUCGUGAUUUGGGCAAGAAUAGCGAGGUGGCUUAUUCACUUCUGGAGAGUUUAUCUGUAGAUGAUUCUUUGCCUGGUGCGAUUACCGUUAACUCAGAAACUGGAUGUAUUUACGCACUACGCUCCUUUGACUAUGAAAAACUGAAGAAUUUCCAGUUCCAAGUUCAAGCUUCUGAUGCUGGAUCUCCUUCAUUGAGCAACACUGCUACAGUGAAUGUCAUAAUCUUGGACCAAAACGACAAUACUCCGGUUAUUGUUUCGCCUUCAAAAUGGAACAGUUCGAAAGUGACACAGAUUGCAACCCAGUCAGCAUAUCCUGGACUCUUAGUACACAAGGUAGUUGCAACUGAUGCAGAUUCUGGACAGAAUGCACGCCUUUCCUACAAACUUUUGGAAGCGACAGAUCGCACAUUGUUCAGUGUGGGAUUUCCCUCUGGAGAAAUCAGAAUCUCUCGGAAAUUUAAGGAUCAAGAUAAACUUCAACAUAGACUUGUAAUUCUGGUGAAGGACAACGGGCAACCCAGUCUAUCAAGUACAGCCACAAUUCUGCUUGCAUUCCUGCCCAACGCUACGGAAAGCUUCUCUGAACUAACAAAUAAGCCAAUCGAUCCAGUUUAUUUUUCAGAAUUAAAUGUUAUGUUAAUCAUAGGUUUGGGAUCAACAUCUUGUAUAUUUCUAUUGAUAAUAGUCUUGCUCGUUAUUCUGAAGUGUAGGCAAGAUAGCAAUGUGUAUGGAUAUGGUUCCAGAAUCUGUUGUUACACCGGUGAGAAUUCAGCUGCCGACUUUCAUCGCAGAGCUGUUCCUAAACCAGUAUUAAGUUAUGCUGCUGGGCAGACACUGCCCGUUCGGGAAUCGUACAAUUAUACAGUUGCGCUGUCCCCUGAUUCAUCCAGAAGUGAUUUCUUAUUUUUAAAAACGCUCCAUCCCACCUUGCCUCUGGAUGAUUUCAAUGUUUGUGAUUCGAGAAAAUAAUUCUCAAAGUCAGUUUCAUUAUAUUUUAUGUGUAUUCGCAUUGUAAAUUCCAUGGAACACACAAUAAUGUUCACUGUUAGGAUAUAUAGAUAUGUUGGCGGAUGCAGUUUCGGUGUUUGGAUUAAGUAACGCAUAAACCUGAGCCUUCUUAAAUUUUAAAAAAAAAGCAAUUAUGUUUGCUAAAGUUGGCAAAAGGUAUCUUGAAAUGUUUAAAUAUGCAACUGUUGAUCAACAAAAAAAUCAAUAAUCAUCCAAUUAAAUGAAGCGGAGUGAUGCACUCAUAUCCAACUCUUAGUUUUUAGCAGUAACUUUGCAACAAUUGUUAAUCUUUUAUUUCCAUAUUGGUUGCGAUUAAGUGAUUGACAUUAAUGUCGUCUCCCUAUCAUUGCAAGGUUUGGUAUACUGAGGUUGUGUGGAAUCUGACAAGAUCUGGCUCGCAGCAUUUUAGACAUAAGUAUAUUUCCGGCGGUAAAGUUGCGCAGUAGUUAUCAAUGUCUCAUCACAACUUUAGAUACCCGAUUUCAAUCCAUGAUUGAAUUCUCCAUCUGUUCUGUCUCUGCAGAAUACUCACGUUCUUCCUGCAACCUCGUGGGCCCUGGUUUCCAUUCACACGUUAAUGACUUAGUGGUUGGUAGGCUAUUAUAAGUUGUUUCAUGUUUAAAUGCUGCUAAGUUUAUCGUUGGGGUUGUUGGUGAUGCGUGUACGAAACUGCGCUUAAAGUAGAUAGGUGCAUGUUUGCCGGCGCAGCCACGAACGGUCGAAUAGUCAGUUUCACGCUUUGUGACCCUGUGACGCUAGUUAAUAAGUUCAUAUAUUGUAGGCGCAGAAUUAAGCCAUUCGGCAUAUCAAGUCUACUCCGCAUUCAAUCAUGGAUGAUCUAUCUUUCGCACUCAACCCUAUUCUCUCGCCUUCUCCCCAUAAGAAUUUACAACUGUACUAAUUAAGAAUCUGUUAAUCACUGCUUAAAAUAUAUAAAAUAUGACAAAAAUAAUAUGAUAGUGAACUUCUUUUUUCAUCUAUUUAGCUCCUCUCACUGGACGGCGUUACUUCCUUGUUCAUUGUAUAGGGCAAUGGAUAUUAUUGUAGACUUAUUUCUGCCUAGAGAAAAUUCAGAAUCUAUUGCUGAUCUCUGGAUAUCUCACUAAGGGGCUUUGUGCAUUUCUUAUAGCGGCGGUGUAAGAAAUGAACAUUUUAACUAGGC